CUCGGGUUGAAACAAAAAGUAAAACAUUCGCCAGAGGCCAUAUCAAUUCACACAGCGCUUACUCGUAGCCGGGGCUUCUUACGUUGGAAUUUGCCUUCCGUUCACAUGGUGUGUCACUAUCCUCUGUGCCCUGUUUCCUUUGUAUUUCGAUGCGUGAUCGCUUAGUGUGUUCCUGAUACCUGUUCCACAAGUUCGUUGCUUGAUCAUUUAAUCGGUUGUUACCAGAGGAAACAAUGAAUAAAUUCGGAAUUUCUGAGAAUGAGUUGCCGGACUUCUUUUCUAUGUUGCCUGAAUCACUUAUUCAUCACAUAUUGUCAUUCCUUCCGUUCAUGGAUAUCGUCCGUACUUCAGUCUUGUCUAAGAUGUGGACUCGCAUUUGGUUCAAUUACCCUAACGUCGAUUUGUUUGUGCAUGAGGAGAGUUACAUGGAUACACUACAUCGACGCUCUUUCAUAGAUCACAUUAAAUCAGUCAUGGAUCAAUGCAUUCUUCGGAAAGCUUGCAUACAUAAGUUGCAGUUAAAAGUUUAUGCUGAUAACCUGGAGGAGUUGGCCCCCAUUAUGGACCAGUGGUUGAAGGCUGCAAUUGAGAGGAAUGUCUCUGAGCUAGUGAUUGAGAUGAAUUUUAGGCCAACCACUUACUAUAAUAUUCCGAAGGAAGUAUUUGUCUCUAAUUCACUAAAGGUCUUAGAGCUUCAUGGCUGCAAGUUUGAGGAUAGAUUUUCCUGCACUAAUCUUCCACAUCUACAGAAGCUCAAAACCAUGCAGUGCCUGUUUGCCGGUGAGAACGUCUUAUCCAAGAUUUUAUGUGGCUGUCCUGAGUUGGAGUAUCUGCAAGCUUUAGCUUCUGAGGGCAUGAGAAGUUUUCACUCGGUUUCAUGUAAUCCUAGAUUGAAAUAUAUUCACAUCGGGUAUCAUAAAGAGAUCAAGACAAUUAAGAUCUUUGUACCCAGUCUUGAAACGCUAAAAUGUUAUUUUGCGUAUUCAUGUUCCCUUGACUUGGCUAGUUGCACUCUUCUCAAACAUUUGGAAAUAAACCGAGCUAUCCUCUCUUCUGAUUAUGUCCCUAUUCAGGAUCUUUUAUCUAACCUUCUCCAAAUUGAAGAAUUGCAUUUGUCAAACUGUAAAUCGGCUGACAAAAUUCAAAUCUCAAGUUCAUGCCUCAAGAGACUUGUCAUGACCGAGUUACUCAAAAGCUUUCCUGGUGCUGAACUUGACAUCCCAAAUUUACUUAGUUUAGACUUCUUUUCUAUGGGUGAAUGUAAUACAAAUAACCGGUUCAGUUCUUGGAAUGUUCCCAAGUUAGAAGAAAUUCACAUGAUGUUUUCUGUUAAAAGGUUUCAGAGUGCUUGCAGGUGUGGACUGAAGGGGUUCCUUAUGCAGUUACAAAAUUUUGAAGAUGUGAAAUUGAUUAUAGAGUGCAGAGGUGAACAGGUAAGUCUCAAUGACUUUAUAAGUUUUUACUUCACAUACAUUGCUACCUGAAGUUGCAUAAUGUUUUUUACUGAGCAUACCAGUUUUCUUUUUCUUCUUAAAGCAGCAUGCCACCCAUGUGAGUAUAACUCUUUAGGAUCUUGUGGAAUAUUUUCUGCCUUCAUUUUAUCAUGUCAAAAGUCUCAUUACACCCUUUUGUUUAGCCCAAAGAACAACUAUGCUCAUUGAGUAACAAAGUAUUCAUGUAAUCUGAUAUCCCUUCAACACUGUCUACAAAAACCUAACGAAAAUGGAAAUUAUGCCUUUACACAACUUUUAAAGUCUUUCAGCUUCUCUGACUCAAACACGCCCCCUUUUCAUCGCUCAACUCAAUUAACAAUCUUCUUUUUAUCUCUCACGCUGCCUCCUACUAGAUCUCAUAUCUAUCUUCUGUUGUCUCAUCUAACAAUGGUAUUCGUUGGGCACUUAAAAGAAUCCUUCUAAUCUGAUCUGACUUUUUCUGAUAUGAUCUGAAUAAAAUAAGAAUAAGCAAUAAGCAAUGAGAAUAAGACGAACAGAACAACUCCUUAGUUGGAACCGUCACAACUUUUAACAUUCCUAGGUUAUAGCUUUUUCUUUUUAAUCUGAAUAGAGAAGGUUGUUCAGUUUGCUGGACAACUUUAAUUUACUGUAUUCUUUUCUUGCUGAGGUUCUGGUCAUCUGUGUAAGACUCAUCAACAUACAGGAAAAUUGUGACGCAUAUAAUUAUACAUGCAAGGUUUACUGUAACAUUUUGUAGUGGUUCAAUGGUUGUAAGUGACGCUCAUCCAGCUAAUGCACACGAUAGAAAGGUAUUCAAACAAAGAUCAGUUGAAUAUGGGAGAUCUAUCUUUGGCGCCAUAUUCUGACUAUCCAUAGUUGGAAGUGAGAAGUCUAUCCUUCUUUAAUAAGGCUGAGAACUUGAGCCCAAUACUUAUUUGGCCGGCUGUAGGUGGUAAUUGAUCAGUUGAAUAUGGGAGAUGCAUUUGGCGCCAUGGCAGGCUGGUUCUUUUUUAUCAUCUUGCCCCUACUUCCUCUUCCUAAUCAGCCAUUCGGGUUGCUUCUCGUCAUUCUUCGCCAUGGCAGGCGGAGGCCAUGAAAGGACUGCUUUAUCCAUGUCCCAAACAUUAACCUAGAUUAAGUUCAGUUCCUCCAUGUCCAAACAAGAUAAUCUUUCGUUUCCUCAAGGGGGUGUUUUUGGACUGCUUAAGAAAUUUUGAGGUUAGAUGAAAAUGUUGUUACUUAUGAGGCUUAGGCUAUGUUCCCCUGGACUUAUUUCGACCGAGACACACUGCAUCAGACUUGAACACCAUGAUACAAUAUGUAGAAUAUUAUGUUAUGAUAUCUUAUUAUAAUGAUCUAUUCAUUUGGACUAGAAUUUUCUUGUCUAGUCUGGCUUACACUAGCCUGAUUUCUCUAAGCCUUGUAUGAUAUGGUCCCUUAAGUUCUUCUAUUUCGGUCUACUCUAGUUAUAUUUGGCCCUUGUUUGGUAAAUGGUUUAUCUGCCAAUUUUUGGCUCCUUGACCACAAAUUUAAAUGGUUUAAUGAUUUGGACUUUGUAAACAACCAAAUUUAAAUAUUUAAUGUUUGGUAAAUAGAUGGUUGAUUUAGCUUAUUGGAUUCAAAAAGCCGUAAUUUUAAAUGCUAGAGCAGGAAGCGUUUACCAUUGGCGUUUCCUUUUUUUCCCUUCGUGUCCUCCCUGAUUAAUGCACGUCACCUCCUUUAAUUAUUUCUGUUUUUUUUCUCUUCAUUGUGCCUGUCCUUAAGAAAUUCUUCCACGGGCUUCUGCAAAUUCUUCAUCAAAGUUUGUAUUCUUCGGCUAUCUAGAAAUAGGGAGCUAUGCAUUUAUAUGAAUUUGUAUUCGUUUCUAGUUUUUUUCUAUUUUAGUUCCAAAGCUGCUUACUCUGUUUGUUCCCCAGGCUUCUUCUUCUAUAUGUUUAUAUAGUGGCAUACAAAUUCCUAGGUAUGUGUUUAUAUACGGAGUAUAUGAUUUAUUCCACCUCUCGUUCUGUCUAUGAAGUCAACUAAACCCAUCCCCAGUUCCCAUAAUGGAAAUCAACAAAAUGCAUUUGAAGGCGGACAUCCUUGAACUCCGGAGGCUCCAUCAAUGUUAGGGACCGGGCCUAUAGAUACUAAGAAUAAAGGACCGGGCCUAUUAGAGUAUUAAUAAGAAUAAAGUGUACAAGUUUAGUAUAAAUAGAAGAUAGCAGGGGAGAUUUAGUAGGCUGUUUAGACUUUAUCAUUCUGGGACUUGGGAAGAUCGAGAGCUAUUCUCUUUCUUUUGGGGGGCUUCGGCUCAACUGGGGGCUUCGGCCAUUUGUUAUGAUUACUGUUCUUCUUCUCUAAUAAAAUUGUAGUUAGUUUUCUUGAAUCUUCUUCUAUAAUCUUUUGUAUUACUGUACAUCCUUAUCAUUGGUAUCAGAGACUGGUUGUAGUUGUGAAUGGUUGGCACGAGGAAGAAAAUGGAAGGCAGGAUGACAGAAAUGGAACGGAACGUCGAGUGAGGUCAGCGGGAAUUAGGUGCGAAGAUCGAUACGAAGUACGAAGAAUUGCUGGCGAUGAUGCAAGCUGGAUUUGCCGAGUUGAAAAUUCAAAAAACGGAUCGAUCAAGAAGUAGGUCGCAUCGAUCAUCUGCGUCACAUCGAUCAUCUGCCUCGCAUCACACAUCUACAUCGCAUCACACUUCUCACCAUCAUCGAUCACCUCACCAUCAUCGUCCGCGACAAUCGUCAAGUUCAGAGGGAUCGGAAAACAAUUCUGACUAUUCUCCUCCACGUCGACAUCAACACCGCCAUCAUCACAGGGAACGUCAUCCUCAUCAUACAGGUAGAAAGAUCGACUUACCUAUUUUUAAUGGAGAAGAUGCUUCUGGAUGGUUGGUUAGAAUGAACCGAUAUUUUCGCUUGAAUCAAACUGAAGAGGAACAGAAAAUUGAUGUCGUUGUAGUGGCCAUGGAGGACCAAGCUCUCAGCUGGUUUCAGUGGUGGGAGAGACAGGCUACGCAUCAAAACUGGGACUCUUUUACUCAAGCUUUGACCAAGCGAUUUCAACCUGAUAUGGUACAGGAUCCACUAGGGCCUCUGUUUAGCCUGAAGCAAUAGGGGACAAUUCAGGAAUACCGAAAUAAAUAUUAAAAGGCUAUCGCUUCACAAGGCCACUUAACUGAAGAAGUCUUGAGAGGAGCCUUUCUUAAGGGGUUGAAAAGAGAUAUAAGAGCAGAAUUGAAGUUACAUCGAACUAGGACGUUGGCAGAAGUUAUGGAUACUGCAUCCGCGAUUGAGAACAAGAAUUCUGAAACUUUCUUUGUGAAAAAUAAGGAUGAAGGAAGGAGGAAAUGGAAGACUACUCCUAUCAUCCAAUCUUCAGGCCAGAAAUGGGGAGAUGAAAGCAGGAAAGAAGGUCCAAGCUGCGUAUGUAAUGAGGCAAGUCCCAGACUAUCCCAAGAAGAACUAUUAAACAGAAGCAAGAAAGGACUCUGUUUUAAAUGUGGUGAAAAUUGGGGAAGAGGACAUGUCUGCAAGAUGAGGAACUAUAAAAUGAUCCUAGUGGAGAAUUCAGAGGGUGAAGCUGAUUCUGAAGUUGAAUUACUGGAAUCUGGCAGGGAUAAGACCACACCUCUAGCAUUGAAGACCAUGCAGUUUUCUUUAAGUGAUGAGAUAGACAUAACCCCUGUGAAAACAUUUAAGGUGACAGGUAAACUGAGAUGGCAUGAAGGUGAAAACACAGUAAAUGUACUCAUUGAUGGAGGUGCUACACACAAUUUUAUGUCACUAAGCUUGGUGGAAAAGUGGAGGAUUCCUUAUACUCCUUUUCAGGGAAAUAGGGUGCAGUUAGGGAAUGGAGAAUGUAUUCAAAUCUGUGGCAGGUGUGCAGAUGUAGAUCUGAAUGUGCAAGGAAUUAGUAUUCACCAAACUUAUUACUUAUUGGAGCUGGGGAGCACGGAUUUAGUCUUGGGAAUGGACUGGCUAACAAGAUUGGGAGACACGGAGAUUAACUUCCAAAGUCAGACCUUCAAAUGGGAAGUACAAGAGCAGAAGGUGAUUUUACAAGGAGAUGAAUCAUCAAGUGAACAGGAUGUUGAAGGAAGAAGUGUUCAUACUGUUCAAAAGCAUGAAGUAGUUGUCCCCUAUAUUGCAGCAGGCCGCACCUGGGUCUUCCAAAAAUCUGCAGGAAUCAAAGUUUUGGAUCAAAUUUUCUGGCCUUUGUGGAACUAUGCUAUGAAUUACAUAGAGUGGAAGAUGGAAGUAGUAAAGCAAAAGAUCCAGAAGACAAAUCUGUAUUGGAGAGGGAGGGGUGCUAGGAUGAAAGAAAAGAAGAAAUUGGUGGCUGUGUCCUAUCACCCACCUUGAGGGCAAGGUGGAUGUUUAAGGGGGGAGUAUUGUUAGGGACCGGGCCUAUAGAUACUAAGAAUAAAGGACCGGGCCUAUUAGAGUAUUAAUAAGAAUAAAGUGUAUAAGUUUAGUAUAAAUAGGAAGAUAGCAGGGGAGAUUUAGUAGGCUGUUUAGACUUUAUCAUUCUGGAACUUGGGAAGAUCGAGAGCUAUUCACUUUCUUUUGGGGGGCUUCGACUCAACUGGGGGCUUCGGUCAUUUGUUACGAUUACUGUUCUUCUUCUUUAAUAAAAUUGCAGUUAGUUUUCUUGAAUCUUCUUCUAUAAUCUUCUGUAUUACUGUACAUCCUUAUCAAUCAACCUUUGGGUGAUUCAAUAUAACUGUUGUGAAAUUUAGAUUUGGAGCAUCUUUUUCUCUUAGGUCUUUUCAACUUUUUUUUUCCAAAAACUGGCCCUGUAUAGCUAGCGUAAAUUGUGCGUAGUAUAUAUUAAGGCUGUAUUGUUAUUUGCAACUGUGAUUUCAAUAGAGGUUAUUAACAUUCUGAUAAAAAAAUACACACAAUGAUUGGAAAGGUUUCCUGGGAAUCUGGGAUGGACUAGUAAUGUACGUUCACUAUUCCUAAAACUGUUAGUGUUGAGUUUGACCCAUUUCAUGCAUGUGACCGGAUGUUAUUAAUGUUUGUUAUUAAUGGACUAGUGAUGUACGUUCACUAUUCUUAUUAAUGUAUUGUGAAAAUUAUAUUCUAUUGACUGGCUAUUUUUUUAAUUUUUUUGAUCAUAUAUUUUUUUGAUCUAAUUAUUGUAAAGACUGAUGAUCACAGAUGAAUCUUACUCCGUAUUUAAUUUGGAAAUGGAAAAACAUUAUCUCAGCAUAUAGAUCGAGCAAGUAUAAGUCAAACUUGGAAAGAGCAUAAGUUACCCUUGAUGGCUAAACGCUUUCGCAAUUGAUUAUAUGGGAUCUAAUUAUGCAUGAGAAACUGCACGCAGUUUCCUUUUCUGCUCUGAAUAAAUUUUUAAAAAAGGCAAAGCCAGAAUUUUUGCUCAUAUCAUCCAGAAGAGAUGAUUCGUUCUUGGCUCGUAUGCUGGUUUCUGAAAAAGGCAAUGUUAGUCUAUCCAUGAUAUUUUCUUCUCGCAGAAGCAUAGAGUUGCUGCACAAAAAAUUGAGCAAUGCAUCAAUACUGAAGUGUUGGUAUAGGGAAUUGCAGCUGGUUUUUAUGGAGGACAUAGAGCAUGAAGUGGACUUUGAUGGGAAAUCCUUCAUGAAGACCCAUUCAACAGGUUACCACACUGCUCAAAUAAUCCUCGUCAGGUUACCCAUUCAACAUGAUCUGUUUAAUGUAGCAUGUGCUUGAAAAGCGCUAGACGAUGGCCCCUGGCCGGGCUUAAUUGGGCCUAGAUGGGCGCAGAACAAGAAAAAACCUCUAAUGCAGCGUGCUGCUUAUAUUCACAUUAAUCAGAUGAUACUUGCUAUCUGUAACACUGCACCAUGCAAUGACAAUCCUUCUAAAAGGCGUUGAGAUUCUUUACAUUCUCUCAAAAUUGUUAGUUUUUGAGGAUACCUGUUCUCUGAGGCCUUGGUUCUUUUCUAGAAUAAUUGAUUUACAUUAUCAAUCUUGUCACAAGAUAUUAGAGCCUCUCCGUUGUGUAUAGAAAGAUGGACAACCAUAUUUAAUAUGGACAUUAGCAUUGGAGGAGAUAUUUAUACCUUAAUCUUGUUUUGUUACGUGACAUUGCGUUUUCCAAUUAUCCAUAUCCC